AUGAUCUGGCAGUUCUGGGCCCCGAGUCUUUUCCCACUGUUCCUGGUCGGCUUUGCUCAGCAGACCCUGAAGCCGCAAAAUAUGAAGGUGGAUUGCAACAAAGAGGUGACAGGUACCAUCUAUGAGUAUGGAGCCCUCACCCUCAAUGGCGAGGAGUAUAUCCAGUUCAAGCAGUAUGCUGGCAAGCAUGUCCUCUUUGUCAACGUGGCCACUUAUUGAGGCUUGGCAGCUCAGUAUCCUGAACUGAAUGCACUACAGAAGGAACUGAAGAAUUUUGAUGUCAUUGUGUUGGGCUUUCCUUGCAACCAGUUUGGAAAACAAGAACCUGGAACAAACUCAGAGAUCCUUCCUGGACUCAAGUAUGUGCGUCCAGGUGGUGGCUUUGUUCCCAAUUUCCAGCUCUUUGAGAAAGGUGAUGUGAAUGGUGAAAAAGAACAAAAGGUCUUUACUUUCCUGAAGAACUCCUGCCCUCCAACCUCUGAUCUUUUGGGAUCAUCAAGCCAACUCUUCUGGGAGCCCAUGAAGGUCCAUGACAUCCGCUGGAACUUUGAGAAGUUCUUGGUGGGGCCCAAUGGAGUCCCUGUCAAGCGUUGGUUCCACCGGGCUCCAGUAAGCACAGUCAAGUCAGACAUCUUAGAUUACCUAAAGCAGUUCAGUACCAAGUAG